AUGAAGCAUCGUAAGUUGUCGAUCUCCAUUUACGUCGGCAUCGGUGUGAUCAUUGGUCUUUGUCUUACGACCGUUUCUCGCAAUUGGACAAAGCACGAACCAGUGUUUCAAGUGCUGCUGUCGCCACCACAAUUUUAUGCAAAAGACUUUCAUGGCGACCACUCAGAUGAGCGUGUAGUCGCAGAUGCGCUUGCGGAAAAGGUUCGAAUAUUCUGUUGGAUUCUGACCUGCAAGCGUAACCAUGAGCGAAAAGCCAUACAUGUGAAAGCGACUUGGGCAAAACGCUGUAACAAAUAUGUGUUUAUUUCGACAGAUGAUAAUCCCGACUUACCCGCAAUCAAUGUGAACGUUUCUGACGGCCGCGAUCAUCUAUGGGCGAGAACUAAAGCUGCAUUCAAGUACAUACAUGACUACUAUUUGAAUGAGUUCGAUUGGUUUUUGAAGGCGGAUGACGACACAUAUGUUAUACUUGAAAAUUUGAGGUAUAUGCUUCUUCCUUAUUCUCCUGAUCAACCUAUCCACUUUGGGUGCAAAUUCAAAUAUUUUGUCAAACAAGGCUAUUAUAGCGGUGGUGCUGGAUAUGUUCUCAGCCGUGAAGCAGUGAGAAAAUUUGUGAAUGAAGGUCUACAAAAUACAGAGAAAUGUUCUCCUAAGGAAGGUGGAUACGAAGACGUUGAGUUAGGAAAAUGUUUAGAGAAUAUAGGAGUGUACGCAGGAGAUUCUCGUGAUAACUCACAGCAUCACAGAUUCAUGCCAAUGGCUCCCGAGAAACAUCUUAUGACAGGCAAAGCUGCAGAGACAAAGUGGGUGUUUGCCUAUACCUAUUAUCCGCUUGAACAAGGCCCAAAUUGCUGCUCUGACUACGCUAUCUCAUUUCACUACGUUCGUGCUAGUCUUAUGUAUGCGCUGGAGUACCUUAUAUAUCAUUUGAAAACUUUUGGGGUGGAACGGUCACUCAGGAUUGGCAAAAAUGAAACCAUAUUGCAAGCGGCGUACUUAUCCGCACGUCAAGCCAUGGGGCCCGAUGAUUUUCUCUACAAGAAGCCUGCUUAUGUACCAGCUCCAGGUUAUGAAGUUGUGAUGGGCAGGAGGCACUAAAAAUAACUAGGCAAGAACAAGACGGUUGCCCACGCCGUACGCAAAUCGACUGCACCGUCUAAACAAAUCAAUACUGCAAAGUGGCCCAAUAAACAGAUCCAGUGAGUUUUCUUGCGCGACAAAACUUAGGCCGCUCCGACGGCAUCCGA